AUGACGCUCUUGGACGAUGUUGUGAUCACGUUUGGAGACUUUUCGGUCGAGGAGACACAAAAGGUCAUGGAAAAAGCUGCUGCAGAUAUGAAGAAAUCAAAGAAACAAGAGACUGGAAGAGCUCCGAAAUCAUGGGCAGAGGCACUUUGUGCAUCAAAAGUAACAUCAAAAACGCCAUGGGAUGGAAAUGGUACCCCCUGGACCAUUGCAGUUGGUGUCAAUGGACCUAUAGCGACCUGUAAGACGUCAAAGGAUGUGAUGAAACCGUUACCAUUUGAAGAGGCGAUUCAAGCGACACUUUGUCGUUUAAAUGUGUCAGCACCAGCUAAAGAGAUGAAAAAGAGAGGGUUGGUGAAUCAAGGCAAUACUUGCUUCCAGAAUGUCAUUUUGCAGUCGGUACUGGCUUGUCCGCCAUUUGUCAAUCUGUUGGCAGAAAUUUCGACGUUAAGUCCUUCGACACCAGAGAUGCUGGCGAGUAUUUCUACGUUCAAGGCGUGGCGACAUAUGGUAGCGUUCACGCGUGAAUUUGAAGAACCAACACUAGCUCAAUUGCAGCAACCGGCUGCUAGCGGAGAACGAAACCUUAACGACAUGCAUGGCAACGUGCCGCAGGCAAUUCGAAUCAGUGGGUAUUUUAUGGACGUGCUGAGCGCGUUUCAGAAGAUGCGCGGAGAGCAGGAAGACGCACUCGAGUUUCUGGAGUUUUUCCUCGAGUAUCUGCACACCGAGUACGAGAAGAGUGGUCUGAAAUUGCCUACUUCGUGCGAGAAGCAGACGAAGCGUAUUGUUGCAGCCUCAGUGACCAAGCAAAACGAUACUGGUUCCGACGGGGCCUUCGAAAAGGCUCAAGCGUUUGACGACGGCUGGGCAGAGGUUGGUAAGAAGGGUAAGAGUAGCGUGCUACGUCAAAACUUUGCCAACACUAUCCUCUCGCCGAUUAAUUGGUUGUUCAAGGGUGCACUACGCUCCGAGCUCAAGCAGAAUGGCAAGCGACAGAGCUCGAUUACUGUGGAACCGUUUCACUGCUUGCACUUGACCCUCGACUACGAAGUACAGGAUCCCUCAUUUGUUACUGGCGUGAACGGCGUGGCAAAACCACUUGGUGCGCCGGUUACGGUGGAAGAGAUGAUUCGGAAAUCAUUUAAUGUCGAAGUGAUUGAGGAUGCGAACCAAGUUCCUAUCAUGAAGAAGUACACGACCGUGGAAUCCUUACCUGUUGUUUUGACGCUCAGUGUCAAGCGUUUCACGUAUCAUCCAGAACAGGGGCCGGUGAAACUACAGCAAGUUGUCAAAUACCCGCCUUUUUUAGAGUUUCCAACGCAGUUUAUGUCAGCGAGCUGUCGUGUGGAGAAUGGAAUGGACGUUUCGGGGGUUGCAUCUAUCAGUGGUUCUGGCUUUUCGACUCCACCAAUGUACGAGUUGUUUGCGGUCGUGUCCCACUUGGGCAAAUUCGUCGUGGGAGGCCACUAUACUUGCGUGUGCCGUGACAACAAGGACCAGUGGUAUCGCUACGAUGAUGAGCACGUGACGUCUAUCUCGGAGGCUAUGGCACUCAGCGAAUCUGCUUACUUGUUGCUCUAUAUCCGGACCAACAAACGUCCACCUCUUCCGUCCCCGGCUCCUUUAUCUCCAAGCUCUACGUUUAUCAAGACAAAGGGUCCAACUGGGUCAAGACUCAAAGCCAGCACUGAAAAUGUGAAAGUUCCCGGUGGCAAAAGCUGGAAACAGCCUCCUGUGACAUCAACAUCAUCUGCAGUCCCUCGAUUAAUUCCAGGCAUGUCUCCAAUGAAACAACCUAAUGCAGUAACUUUGAAGCCCAAGAAGCACGGGAAGAAGAAAGUACGAGGAGAGGAAAUUGUAGCAACCACGUAG